AUGACGGAUUUCGAGUACGUCGCUGCGCCUUUGGCGCUUCUCGCGAGCUAUUUGGUGUUUAGACUAUACCAGACUCUUGCCAAUCCCCUCAACAGCAUCCCAGGUCCUUGGUACGCCAAGUACACCCAAAUUCCGGGUACCCUUGCUAGUUUAUCAAGACAACAAGUCCAGUACUACCAUGAACUCCAUCGACGAUAUGGCCCCUUCGUUCGAACCGGUCCAAGCCAGGUCUUCGUUGCAGACAUCGACGCAUACAAGUCCAUCCAUAAAAUUGGGGGUCACUUCAAUAAAUCCGACUACUACCAUUACUUUGGCCCGACUGAAGCCGGAAAGCCACCUUACGGGUUGUUCCAAAUGACGAAUGCCGCCGACCAUGCGCAAAGAAGGAAGCUCCUAGGUAGAGGAUUUACGGCCACAUCUCUCCGUACGGAGUGGGAGUCCAUGGUCGUCGAGAAAGUCUCUGCUGCUAUUGAAGGAAUGCGCCAUGAUGCGAAGUUAGCACGAGGCGAAGUUGAUGUUCGUAAAUGGUGGAUCUUCAUGGCCUCCGACGUGGUCUCGAAGAUCAUGUUCGGUGAUUCGUUUGAUGCCCUCAAAACCGGAAAGGAGGACCCCUGGUUUGGCUCGGUGAGAAUUGCUAACCGGGCCGCGUUUGGCGCCCUCUCAUUUCCUUGGCUCUAUGCGUUCCUGAAAUGUGUUCCGUUCGUUGGCGGAUCUCGUUGGUUCCAGGCACAUAAGGUACUGCUCGACAAGGGCCAGGCUGCUGUUGCGAACAGUAUGCAGACUGGGAAUCUAGCCAGCACCAAUUUGUUCUCGAAGGUUAUGGGGAAGGCCGAGAAGAACGAUGGUGAGCUGAGCAGUCUCGACAUUUGCGUCGAAGCCGGUUCUUUCAUGAUUGCAGGCACAGAUACGACCUCAAAUACGCUCACCUAUCUGAUCUGGGCAGUGUUGUCACACCCGGACCUGCAAGAGUCUAUCGAGCGCGAGCUGGGUGCGCUCGAAGAACCGUUCACCGAUGAACAACUUGAGAAGAUUCCCAUUCUUCAGGCCGUAAUCGAGGAGACUCUCCGCUUAUAUGGUGCCGCCCCUAUGCCUUUGCCCAGAGUCGUUCCUGCAGGUGGUGUAAAGCUCGGUAACUAUCAUAUUCCAGGGGGCACGGAAGUCGCGACACAGGCUUGGACAAUGCAUAGAGAUCCAAGGUUUUUUGCAGACCCUGAGAGAUUCGACCAUACGCGGUGGUUGCACGAUGGCGAGUGCACUACCUCGGAGGUGGCGAAAGCAGCUUUUACACCAUUUGGCGCUGGAUCCCGCGUCUGCAUAGGAAAGUACCUGGCAUACAUGGAGCUUCGAUAUGGGGCUGCUCUUUUCUUCCGCACAUUCAAGGGCUCUCGCCUGGCGGCUUCGGCCACUCCAGAGAGCAUGGAAAUGGACAAUCUUGUCCUCAUAGAGCCGCGGGGAAAGAUCCUCAAAGUUAUACUGCCAGAUCUAUAG